AUGGGUGAUCAUGUCCUGGAGAUAGCCUGGGACAAAGUUGAUUCAGCACUAACAUCAAGUCUAUUGUCGAAAAUAACAAACAGUUUGGAGUGUUCAAUAUGUUCAGAAAUCAUGUUGGCUCCAAUGACAACAGAAUGUGGGCAUUCUUUUUGUUAUGAAUGUCUACAUCAGUGGUUUAAAAACAAGAUCAACUGCCCCACAUGUCGACAUGAAAUUCAAACAAAACCAGCACUAAAUAUGAAAUUGAAUGAGGUUUCCAAAAGUUUAGCAGAACUUAUAAUUGAUGCGAGAUUAGACCCAAAUUUGGAAUCAUUUUCGGACCGUAAAAAGGAAGCUAUGUCAAAAUAUGAAUCACAUGCAAAGAUGAAGAGAGUAUUUGGAGAACUAUUCUGCGGGUAUUCCCUAACAUUGAUAGAUAAUUCCGAUGGCGUACCCAGAUGUGGCAACUGUCUUUGGGAAGCGCACGGGACUGUUUGUUUGCAUUGUGGCUCAAGGUUUAGAAAUUCUGAUUUGAUACGAGGUAUAGAUGACGAUGAUGAGGAUGAUGAAGAGGAGUUUUACCAAGACGUUCCACCAGCAGAAGACAAUUAUGAUUCUGAUGACAGUUUUAUUGAUUCGCGCACCGCUGAAGAGAUUCUUGAAGAAAUGCAUGAUAGUGGUAAUGAGGAAAGCGAUGAACAGCAUAAUGCUUCAUCUUCUGACGAGGGUGAGGAUGGAGCUACAACAUUUCGAAAUUGGCUUAAUGGUAGUAAUCCAAGACUGCAUGUUGUAUACAUAAGUGAUACCGAUAGUGAGCUAGAGUAUAACCCUCGAAUCUAUAGUGAUUCAGAUGACGACAGUCCGCGACAAGUGCACUUUGGUGGUGGUCCCGGUGGUCAUGUUCUAAUAGACUUGGAUGCAGAUGAUGAAGAUAUGGAUGCAGAAUUGAUUGAUGCCCUUGCUGACUUUCAACACAGCAUUAGCGAAGACGAAGAAGGUGAUGAAUUUCGCAGUCUACAUGAGGAUCAUGAGCGUGAAUAUGAUGACGAGGACCAAGGCGACAAUGAUGACGACGAUCCGGAUCCAGAUGAAUAUUAUGAUGAAUACGAAGUAGAUGACAACGAUGAUGGCGAUGCUAAUGACUGCGAUGAUCAAAACGAUUACGAUGAUUACUCGUAUGAUGCUUAUGACAAUUAUGACAAUGGCCAAGGAUAA